AGGAGGCCCGCGAGGCUCGGGACGGUUUCUGAGCUCACCGAGCGGGCUGCCAUCUUCUCUGGCUGGUGUGGCAGGUGCUUGUCUUUCUUCCUUGAGUGCCCAGCGGGAGAGCAGGGACGCGAGUCGGCGCGGCCGGGUGUGUUUGUACGGCGGGCAGAUUCUGCCUGUGAAUGACAUCAUCUCAUAUGCAUCCUUCUGCUUCUGACUUAUUUCACUCGAUUGAUUGAUUGAUUCUCUGAGCACUAAGUAAUGUCCAUCCCUAUCUUUUUAAGUUUUAUUUUAAGGUUUCAGGAUGCUGUGUUCUCUGCUCCUUUGUGAAUGUCUGUGGCUGAUAACCGGCUAUGCUUAUGAUGAUGACUGGAUUGACCCCACAGACAUGCUUAACUAUGAUGCUGCUUCAGGAACAAUGAGAAAAUCCCAGGUGAAAUACAGGUUAUCAGAGAAAAAAGAGGUUAGCUCUGACUUGGUUGAUGAAUUGUCAGAAUGUUACAGCAGACUUGAUUCUUUAACUCAUAAGAUUGGUGAGUGUGAAAAGUUAAAAAAGGAAGACUGUGAAAGUCAAAGCAAUCCUGUCUUUCGGAGAUACUUACAUAAGAUUUUAAUUGAAACCAGAAAGCUCGGACAUAUUGAUGAAAACAAAGGUGACAUGCAUUAUGAUGCCGAAAUCAUCCUUAAAAAACAAACCUUACUGGAAAUACAGAAAUUUCUCAGUGGAGAGGAAUGGAAACCAGGAGCCUUGGAUGAUGCACUAAGUGACAUUUUAAUUAAUUUUAAAAUUCAUAAUUUUGAAACAUGGAAGUGGCGAUUUGAAGAUUUCUUUGGAGUGGAUCCAUAUGAUGUGUUGAUGGUGCUUCUAUGUCUGCUGUGCAUUAUGAUGUUAGUAGCUACUGAGCUAUGGACGUAUGUUCAUUGGUAUACCCAGUUGAGACGUAUUUUCUUCAUCAGUUUUUUCUUCAGUUUGGGAUGGAAUUGGAUAUAUUUAUAUAAGCUAGCUUUCGCACAGCAUCAGGCCGAGGUUGCCAAAAUGGAACCGUUCAGCAAUACCUGUGCUGAGAAGAUGAACUGGGCUGGAAGUCUCUGGGAAUGGUUUAGAAGUUCAUGGACCUUUAAGGAUGACCCAUGUCAAAAAUACUAUGAGCUCUUAGUGGUCAACCCUAUUUGGUUGGUUCCUCCAACAAAGGCACUGGCAGUUACAUUUACCAACUUCGUUACAGAACCACUGAAGUACAUCGGAAAAGGCACUGGGGAAUUUAUUAAAGCACUAAUGAAGGAGAUUCCAGUGUUGCUUCAUAUUCCAGUGCUGAUAAUUAUGGCACUAGCUGUCCUGGCUUUCUGCUAUGGCGCUGGAAAGUCCGUGAUGAUGAUGAAACAUCUAGGAGGUCCUGAGAGAGAGCCACCUCCAGCACUCCCGCCAGGUGGCAGAAGAGGGCAGCAGGAAAUCGCCUAUAGACCCCAUGGCGGAGCAGGUGACGCAGAUUUCUAUUAUAGGCGCCAGAUUGACCCCAGAGAGCAAGGCCCUUACGAAAACCCGUAUAACGGUAGAAGAGAUGUUUUGAGAGAGAGAGAUGUUGACUUGAGAUUUCGGACUGGCAACAAGAACCCUGAAGUGCUUCGGGCAUUUGAUUUACCAGAUGCAGAGGCGAGUGAACAUCCCAAGGUGGUAUCCAGUCAUAAACCACCUGCUUUGGACACAAACUCCAAAAAGAUUGGCAUAAUCUCAGGAGGAAGUACACCAACAGAAAGCCAGUCAGCUCCACCUGCCCUAGAUACAUCAGGGAUCAGGGAAGAUUUCCCUGCUGUGGAAAAGGCCCAACCCAGGAUUGAUGUCCAAGGCAGCACAGAAGAAGGCAGUACUCCAAACCCAGCAAGCGAUGCAACAGAAACAUGUGGAAAGGACCUGGAUGGCAGCCUGUGUGGCUAAAGGAACACAAGACAGACUGCAGCGCUGAGGUCAUCUUUGAGUUCUGUAACGUAUACUUUUCACAGCUAUUUACUCUUACUCCGAAUAUUCUUGUACUCACUACACAGGUACCAACUUGAACAUUAGUAUUUUUUACUGCCAAUCAGAAUAUGCCAAACACAGAUGUUUAUGUGUAUCAUAAUUGUUUAGUGGCAUCUGAUACUAGGAUACAGCUCAUUAAGUUUUGAAGUACUAAUUUUGAAACCGUAUCAUAUAUGGACAUAAGGCAAGCAUCUUUGAUUAACUGAAGAGGCUAGUUUGAAUUAGGGGACAGUGAAAAAAAAUUAUAAACCAGUGGGUUUAUAUUUCAAUCUGUGCUCUGAUUUGGAUUCAGAAUGUUUUAUAAAGUGAUAUUCAAAAACGUUAUUUUUUUUUUUAAUUGCAACCAGGGUUAUCACUGGGGCUCAGUACCAUCACUAUGAAUCCACUGCUCUUGGUGGCCAUUUUGUUGUUCCCCUCACUCCACUAUCCCCCCCCCAUUUGUUAAGACAGAGAAAAAUUGAGAGGGUAGAGGGAGAAAGAUAAACACUUGCAGACCUGCUUCACCAACUGGGAAGCUCCCCCCUGCAGCUGGAGAAUAGGGGCUCAAACCCAGGUCUUUGUGUAUGGUAACAUGACUCAACCAGAUGUGCAACUGCCGGACCCCUCGAAAACAGUUUUUAAGGAAAGCUCGCUGUAGUUGCUUAUUCUCUUUGUGAACUUGGGCAUUUAAUGCAGCCAGGGAGUUUGACAUCAUCAGUGUCUUGAUGGAGGAGGUACCCAGAGGUCAAUGCGGCUUUAUAGUUUCAUAUUCUACCUUCACCUCUACUCUUGCAGCUGUUACUGAGCCUGCAUGCUGUUUGUUUAUACUCAGCUAAGGCAGAACUGAGGGCUGCCAGGGAAAUGUAGGUAAUGUAUCUCGUUAAAUCUGUAAUCUCGGUUUUUACAUAGUAGAUUUUGAGAAUGGUUUUUUCUUUUCCCUCCAAAUGAAGUACAUGGGUUUAUAAGGCCUAUUAAACCUUGUUAUUUAGAAUUCCAGUAGUAUUAGAUGUUUCCUUGUUUGCCAGUAGCAAACCAUACUGAGUCAUGUGAAAUCCUAAUUUUUAGAGACCUGUACAUAGAUAACCAUGAUCAAGAAAAGUAUUGGCUAUUUUUCCUAAGUAUAGACAGGUAAUAGUCAACAUUUGAAGAUUAUUUUAGGCUUUUUUCCUGCCAGGGCUUUGUGCCUGCCCAAUUCCACCAUUCCCAGUGGACUCUUCAGACACUAUCUGGUAAGGCACGGGGAGAAAAAAGUGGCCCCAGUCCACAGCAGGUGAAGUGUCCCCUUUUGUACGGCACUCAUGUUGUUGUCAAGGGCUGGUCCUUGCACAUGGUAAAGUGCACUUUUCUGGGUGAUUUAUCUUCUGGCCCCUUCAUUUGAAGCCUUUUUAAAAAAGUCAUUUAUAGGGGGUCAGGCAGUGGUGCACUCAGUUAAGUGCACAUUACCACAUGCAGGGGUCUGGGUUUGAGCCCCUACUCACAACCCGUAGGUGGGAAGCUUUAUGAGCAAUGAGGCAAGUACUGCAAGUCUCUCUUUUCCCUUCCCUAUCAAAUAAAGAAAAAAAAAAGACAAAAGCAAACAAAAAAACAGCCACUAGUUCCCAUUAAUAACCCUAGCAGCAUUUAAAAACUUGGACAAGUACCUACCUAGGAAACAAAUUUCAUAUAACUUUCGGAUGACCUUUAACUUUCACAACACAAAUUAUGUUCAGCUAUUUUUUAAAGGAUAACUAUCAUGAAUGAUCUUAAACAUUUUAUUUCAAAGAUGUAUUCAGAGCAUUUGCUUUUUGAUGAUUUUCACAGGAAAUGAAGAAUACCCCUUCUUAAUUCCCAGAAGUGUUGUUUUGAGCCUGUAACAAUUUUCUUUUUAUUGCUACCAAGGUUAUCGCUGGGGCUUGGUGGCAUUCAUUUUUCCUAAAAAAGAAAAAAAAAAAUUUUUUUUUGAUAGGACAGAUAGAAAUUGAGAGGGGAAUGGAUAAAAUACCUGCAGUCCUGCUUUAGUGGGUGUGUUACUGACUGACCCACACAAUUUCACUUUCUGUAAUACUGCAGAGUAUCUUUAGUACUCAUCAGAAAGAGAAUACUCCCCCCUGCCAGGAACACACAGAAAUUUAUAUAAACAGUAGGCCUCUAACAACUGAUGAAAGGAUGCUUGCAGUCAUGUCCUCUCUUGAGGUUAGACCUGUUCAGAUCAGUGAACAGAUUAGAGGCCGGGUAACCUGAGCUGAAUGUCAAGUGGCAGGCUGUAACUGUGGGACUAGAGAUUGUGCUGUCCGCACUCCAAAGUGCUUUUUUAAUCAAUUCAAAACAGGAUUUUUAAAAAACAAAGCAAGUAAAAUUUCCUUUGUAUUCUUUCAUUACAGAUAACCAUUUGGGAGUGACAUUGACAGCAAGGCAACAUUCUACUACUGCUGUUGAAUGAUAGCAGAAAUUCAGGGAAGAAUUAUUUUUAAAAAGUGAACAUAUAAGCCAGACCAAUUUAUAGGUAGAGAGACAGGCCUGCUUAUUGUCUAGCGAAUAUUUAUCAUUAAGAUCAAGAUUUAAGUACAGCAAUAAACCUUUAGGAAAAUCAGUGUGGGAUAGAUGAAUAUUAAGUGUUUACAGGGUCUAAGAACUUUAAUAUACAUAAACAUAUAUAAAUAAUUUACAUUUUUCUGGAUCAGUAUGCUGUCUUUCUGCAGUGAAUAUUGUAAGGAAAAACACUAUGAAAUGUAUGUUCACUUUUUUUUUUUUUUUUCAGAGCUGGGGCCUCAAGCAUGUGCUAUUUCAUCACUCCAGGAUGCUUUUUCAUUGACAGAAGACACUGUAGCACUGGAGCGUCCCUCCAUGCUAGAGCUUGAACCUGGGAAGCAUGCAUGGCAAGGCACAUUACACUGCCCAGUGAGCUACCACUUGGGUCCUAUGUGUUUUUUGAAAAAGGAUGCUGUCCUACUGUUAAAUGAAUGUGUUAAGCCUUUUUUUCCUUUAAUAUUGGGCAGAUAAUCACUUGAAGGAAUAGAAGAAACAGGUUCAGAAUGAGUUGCUAACUUAUGUCAUAGUUUUUGCAUUGUGUAAUUCAGCCUAAGCACCCAGACUGUUUACGGAGAAAAAGGCAACUGAGGUGUUAACAUGUGUAUUUCUUAAUUUUUAUUAAAGUUGCUGGGGGUAAGCAGUUUUUUUUGCAUUUUUUCUUAUUAGGUCCUGUAAAAAUUUCACAGCUAUAUUUUGUAACUGAAGAGACUAUUUUAAACCAUGUUUUAUAUUAAAUGAGAAAUCACAAACA